AGGUCUUUUAGCGCUUUUGUAUUUAAAAAACAUUUUCCAUUUUAAGUCCGAAUAAAUACCGUUUAAAGUCACGGACACGUGCUGAAAUGGAGGCAGAAAAAUCCACACUGGUCCACUGGUUCCGUAAAGGACUUCGGGUCCACGACAAUCCCGCUUUAUCCCAGAUUUUCAAAGCCGCCAAUGUGAAGCCCGGCAAAUACUAUAUCCGCCCGAUAUUCAUUCUGGAUCCGGGUAUCCUGGAUUGGAUGCAGGUGGGAGCCAAUCGGUGGCGGUUCCUUCAGCAAACGCUGGAGGAUCUGGACAAGCAGCUUCGCAAACUCGAUUCCCGUCUGUUUGUGGUGCGUGGGAAGCCCGCAGAGGUUUUCCCGCGAUUAUUCAAAAGCUGGCGUGUGGAACUCCUGACUUUCGAGACGGACAUCGAGCCGUAUUCCAUCUCCAGAGAUGAGGCCGUACAGAAGUUGGCCAAAUGCGAGGGUGUUCGAGUGGAGACCCACUGCUCACACACGAUUUACAAUCCGGAUUUGGUUAUAGCCAAGAAUCUUGGCAAGGCUCCUAUUACCUAUCAAAAGUUUCUAGGCAUUGUGGAUAAGUUAAAGGUACCCACAGUUCUAGGGGAUCCUGAAAAGCUUUUGAAAAAGCUUGAGCCACCUAAAGAUGAAGUAGAGCAGAAGGAUUCGGAAGCCUAUGAUUAUCCUACUAUGGAGCAAUUGGUCAAAAGACCAGAGGAGCUGGGACCCAAUAAGUUUCCGGGAGGCGAAACAGAGGCUCUGCGGCGUAUGAAGGAAUCCCUAAAGGAUGAACUUUGGGUGGCCCGCUUCGAGAAGCCCAACACGGCACCCAAUUCCCUGGAGCCCAGCACUACUGUACUGAGUCCUUAUCUGAAAUUUGGAUGCCUAAGUGCUCGAUUGUUUAAUGAGAAGCUCAAGGAGAUUCUCAAGCGUCAGCCGAAGCAUUCCCAGCCUCCUGUUUCGCUAGUUGGGCAGCUUAUGUGGAGGGAAUUCUACUACACAGUGGCAACAGCCGAACCUAACUUCGAUCGGAUGUUGGGCAAUAUCUACUGCCUGCAGAUUCCCUGGCAGGAGCAUCCCGAGCACCUGGAAGCCUGGACUCAUGGACGCACCGGCUAUCCUUUUAUCGAUGCCAUAAUGCGUCAAUUGCGCCAGGAGGGUUGGAUCCAUCAUUUGGCACGGCAUGCGGUGGCCUGUUUCUUAACGCGCGGAGAUCUCUGGAUUAGCUGGGAGGAGGGGCAGAGGGUCUUCGAGCAGCUACUGCUGGAUCAGGAUUGGGCCCUGAAUGCUGGCAACUGGAUGUGGCUCUCCGCGUCCGCCUUCUUUCAUCAAUACUUUAGGGUCUACAGCCCGGUGGCUUUUGGCAAGAAGACGGAUCCCCAGGGUCACUACAUAAGAAAAUAUGUCCCGGAACUCGCAAAGUAUCCAGCUGGCUGUAUUUAUGAGCCCUGGAAGGCCUCCCUGGCCGAUCAAAGGACAAACGGCUGUGUCCUGGGCACGGAUUAUCCCCAUCGGAUUGUUAAACACGAAGUGGUGCAUAAGGAGAACAUUAAGCGAAUGGGUGCCGCCUAUAAAGUGAAUCGGGAGGUGCGCACGGGCAAGGAGGAGGAGUCGUCCUUCGAGGAGAAACCAGAAACCUCCACUUCAGGCAAGCGGAGGGUGCGAAAGGCAGCCGGAAAUGCCCCCAAGCGAAAACGUUAAAACCGAAAUAUGUAUGCCAUUUUAAGAAAUAGGAGUUCUAAUAUGGGUAUAGUAUUGGUUUAUAUGUGAAUUUGAAAAAAUUUUUAAUGUAAUAUUUUAGAUAUUAGUCUUAACUGUCUUCUACCCUAAAUAGGGUAGGAUUAGGAGUAGUUUUAAGUGUUUGUUGUUCCUUAACCGCCUGUAAAAACAAAUUGAUUGAAUAUGAAAUUGUAAG